UUCAUUUGUUUUGUUGCCUCCAUUCGAGCUACAAGUGUCAUUUUGAAUCAUCCGUUAAAAGUGUAGCGUUGGCUUGCUAAGGCAUGUUUGUUACAUAUGGAAAGCUUUUCGAAAUACGAAUUGAAAUAGGAAUUAUCCUAGCUGUUUUCUUUGGUUAUUGGAUCAAAAAAUUCUUUUUUAGAAGUGAAACAACAGGCAAAUGGAAGUCCCCGUUCGCAGAAGACUCGAGAACUCCUUUAACUCCAUUGAUUACUGACCACGCUAAACGCGAUGAAACCAUGAAAAGAGCAUUCACCAAGAAACUCGCAAACGAAAAGAAAUGGGAUGCAAUAGUCAUUGGUUCAGGAAUCGGAGGAUUGUCCACCGCAGCUCUACUCAGCAAGGCUGGCAUGAAAGUUCUCGUUCUUGAAAAGCAUUACAAGUGCGGUGGUGCUUGCCAUACAUUUAGGGACAAUGGUUACGAAUUCGAUGUCGGGAUACACUACGUUGGCAAUUUCAUCCGCCCAACACUCACUCGAACUUUGCUGGAACAAAUCAGUGAUGGGCAGAUCCAGUUUGCUAAAUUUGAUAACAAUGUAGAGCGUUUAAUGUUGGACGCUAUGUCCCCGUCGAGGCGAGAAUACACCAUUUCUUCAGGUCCCGAUGCCUUCGAAAAUCAGCUGAUUAAACAAUUUCCCGACGAAGCCCAAGGAAUCAAAGAGUUCUUUCGUUUGCUUAAACGGGCAUACAACCCUCGAGGAACUAUGGCUUGGUUUGCAACUAAAUUAUUACCACUCUGGUUCAAUAAAGUACUCCAGUUCUUUGGACUGCCACGUCUGUUGAGCGAUUUCUAUGCCUUGGGUGAACGUUCAGUAAAAGAAGCCAUUGAGAGCCACGUAAAGAACAAAGACUUGCAGUUUUUGUUAUCCUACUCAACGGCUGGAUUUCUCGCACCCCCAAGUCGUGUUUGUCUAUCCACGAUGGCUUUGCUUCACGUUCAUUGCUGCGAAUAUGGAUCGUGCUAUCCAGUUGGUGGAGCUUCAGAGAUGCCGUAUCGUAUUGUGCCGGUCAUUGAGCGAUCAGGUGGUCGAGUUCUCAUGAAGGCUCACGUUUCCCAGAUUCUGAUAGAGGGAGGCAAAGUAGUAGGUGUACGAGUCGGUAAUAAAGAACACUCGAUGGUUGAUAUCCACGCUCCUAUUGUCAUUUCGGAUGCGGGUAUGCAGAACACUUUGCUGGAUCUUCUUCCGGAAAGAGUCGCCAAAAAGUCGCCUGCCUGGCCACUCAUGAAGACUAUCAGGCCAUCGUAUGGGAACAUAAGUGUCUUUGUUGGACUCCGUGGCACGCCAGAAGAAUUGGGUCUCACUGCGCAGAAUAUUUGGAUUCACAACGGCUCCGAUCUACAAAAAAUAGUCACCGAAAGUGUGGCUACACCUUUCCAAGACUUAUUAGCCAAACCUUAUCCAUCCUUUUUCCUUUCAUCUUCGGCUGCCAAAGAUCCGUCAUGGAAAAAUCGCUAUCCAGAUCGUAGCACCUUGUCGAUUUUAUCGACCGCUCCAUAUUCUGCGUUCUCCCAAUGGUCAGGGGACCCGACAAAAAAGCGUGGUGAUGAUUACAAUGCUUUAAAAAAUGCUAUCGGACAAAAUAUUAUCGAACAAGUGACUACGCUGUUCCCCAAGCUGAAGAAUGCCAUAGACUACGUUACUGUCGGUAGCCCGGUUACGAUUGAGCACUACCUAAGUACCAGAGAAGGGGGCACAUACAACAUGGAACAUGACAUGACUCGUUUUGGGCCGGAACAGUCUGCUCUUUUGCGCCCUGAAUCCGGCAUUGAAGGAUUAUACUUCACCGGUCAGGAUGUGAUAACAUGUGGAUUUGCAUCUUGCUUGUAUAGCGGCUUUCUCUGUGCCAGUAUAAUUUUGAAGAAAAGAUACCGUCUUUUAUGGGAACUCUUUAAUUUACAUCGAAAACUAUAUGGCCUACCUGAAGGCAGAAAUGAUUUGUUUUUCUAACGCUUUAAUUUUGUAUUAUUUCGGGUAUUGAACGAUUUUUCUUGAGACAAAAAAAAAUUUUCAAACUAUUCUUCUAUGAAAUUAAACUCUAUCGUUUGCCCUCAUAUGAUGUGAUUUGCACACAGAAUAUCAUUACAAUCUCACAACUUAACUCAAUAAAGUACGACCUUUUUUCCUA